UCACAACCACUACCUCACCGCCACGAUAGUAGCCUGUGCCAAUUCAUUUGCAAGCGGGAAGCUCCAUACUGUACUUGUGAUCGUCAGGCUGCAGUUUGCUAGCAAACACUAGCCACAAAACUGGGGCUGAAGCUCGAAGUUCUAUAGCUUCCAUUGCUUUCUACGCUAGUCUCUCCACAACACCGCAUUUCUUCUACCUUCUCGACCUUGACUUUGCAGCAACACGACUCCGUCAUAUAACACACAAAGCUACCUGCUCCACGCAACCUCUACACCCCAUCUCACACCUAUACACACACAUCUGCAAUCAUGUCUACACCCACCGUCACACCUGAAGUUACCUGGGCGCAGCGUUCGUCUGAUAGCGACCCCGAGAGGAACUACGUCUUCCUCACCAUCGUUGCCGCCGAUGUCCCCGAGUCCGACCUGAAGCUCGAUCUGCAACCCACAAAGCUCAGCUUCAAGGGUGCUUCGACAUCGAAAAAGGUCACCUACGCUGUCGACCUCGAGUUCUUCGCCGAGAUCGACCCCAAGGAGUCCAAGAUCCAGCACAGCGGUCGCGAUAUCACACUUGUCCUGCGCAAGAAGGAGCUCAAAGAGGAGUUCUGGCCGCGUCUGCUCAAGGACAAGGUGAAGGUCCACUUCCUGAAGACCAACUUCGACAAGUGGGUCGAUGAGGACGAGCAGGACGAGGCUCCCGCAGACGAUGAGAUGAUGAACCAGAUGAACCCUAUGGGCGGCGACGGUGGCUUCGGCGGCAUCGACUUCUCCAAGCUCGGCGCAGCUCAGGGCAUGGGCGGCCUCCCAGGAAUGGGUGGCAUGCCUGGUAUGGAGGGCCUUGAGGGCGAGGACAGCGACGACGACGACGAUGAGGAUAUGCCCGAGCUCGAGAACGACGAGGACAGCAAGGACAAGCCCGCUGCCGCGUCCGCAUCAGGCGACAAGCCCAAGAUCGAGGAGGUCGCGUAAAUGGUUGAUACCCUCGCUACGAUUGAACGACAUGAAAAAGUGGAGGCACGUAGUUUACGACUGUACGGCGCUGCGGCAUAUCUAGGCGAUGUUUUGGUCAGGAUAUAGCUUAGCAUGGAGGCGUUGUUGGGGAAGCGCUGCGUAGAGUCUUCGAUGAAACUCGCAUGCGUACACAAUUGAUGACUUCUACACGACAGAUGAAUCGAAUGAUACUCCCACUGUUCCUGAACAUGAUGGACUGUAGCUUGGUCUAUGAGUGCUUGUGGUAUCAAUCGCUCCAUAACAAAAUACCGCCCAGAUGCUUUUUGCUUUUCGUC